GGCAGUUUGGAACGUGGGAGGAACAUCGGCUGCGUUAGGCCGACGGUCAAUGGCGACUCCCAAUGGUUCGGGCGGACAGUUUGCGAGUGGAACGACUGCUCCGAUGUUUGCCGCCAAGUUUCUGCCCCAAAUUGCUUCGACUGAGGAGCGUGAGAAACACAAGUCCAGGGUGGCGCUCGCCUUGAACAUUGACCCAGCAAGGAGACUGCUGAAAAACUGCAAGCUUUGGCCUCUGCUUGAGUCCUUGCCGAGCCCGUCUUCUCCAGACUACGAGCGAUUCGCCCCCUUUGUUUGGAAAGAUAAUGCCUGGAAGCGAGCCGAAAAGCAUCAGUGGAUGGUUGUGUCGAAAGAGGAUGAGAGAGUAGUCCCGAACCGUCCAUUCCGCAUUCUCGACGCCCCCCUACUCCGGGACGACUUCUAUUGUUCGACACUUGCAUACUCCUCCAUUUCUGGCGUGCUUGCUGUGGGUCUCGGCCACCGUGUUUACUUGUGGUCUGAGGAUUGGGGUGUACAACAUCCACCUCUUAGCGAUCAACAUCCCUCAAACUAUGUGACAUCACUAGCAUUUUCCUCUGAGAAUGGCAGAAAAAGCAUUCUGGCCGUUGGAAGGCAGUCUGGCAUGUUAUGUCUCUGGAGCACGUUGGAGCCCGAGGUACGAUUCGAAAUCAGCCACCCUGAUUCCAUCACUUGCCUGGCGUUCAGACAGACCAAGUCUCGGAGACUAUCGGAGAGACUCCGCAACGUCGAGGUGGACGUCGAAGAUCUCGCCGUAGGUGAUGAUCUUGGUAAUAUAUGGUACUACUCCGUGGAAUGGCCCGAUGGUGAAGACGCGGAUCAAUACGACUGGCAUGGAGCCAUGAUCUUACUCGCCAAGAUCUCAGCACACACGCAGCAGAUCUGUGGCAUUGCAUGGUCCCCGGACGGAUCCUAUCUUGCAACUGGAGGAAAUGACAAUUGCUGCUUGCUAUUCGACCUUCAUGAUAUUCUGCCUCCACGGGAAUACAAGCUUUCAUCCCAGGGCUGUCCGUCGCAUCAAUCGCAUCAGUCAGAGGGGACAGAUGCUAGCAAACGGCUUUUCCGACGACGCAGCCUCAUCAGUCAUCUUCUCCCACCCUGGGCGUUUUCCUGCGCAAAGCCACUGUCAUCCGCUCUUCUCAACCAUACUGGGUCGCUGAUCACUGGGGGUGAUCGAACAGUGUUGGUCCCAUCCAACCGGCAAAGGCAUCGGCUACCCCAUGGCGCUGCAGUCAAGGCGAUUGCAUUUGCCCCUUGGCAACCGUCUCUCUUGGCUACCGGCGGAGGAUCAAACGACCGAGCCAUUCAUUUCUACCAUGCCCCGACCGGCGCGUGUCUGGCCACGAUCAAUGUAUAUGCCCAGGUGACCAGCCUGAUUUGGAGCCGAACUCGGCGGGAAAUCGUGGCUACAUUUGGAUUCGCACAGCCCGAGCAUCCGUUCCGCAUCGCAGUGUUUGCCUGGCCGAGCUGUGCGCAAAUCGCCGCGAUUCCCUGGGGACCGCAUGGCAGCAGCUGGGACAGCCCUGAGAAUGACCUGCUGGUUGACUGCGGGCGUGCGCUUUGCGCCGUGAGCUAUCCCGGCCGCCCCCAUGACAGCGAAGACCGAAGCGCGGAUCGCGAAGAUCAGUCCUCUACAUCCGGGGUGAUGCACGACCGAUUAGCCGGACCGGGUCGGAGUGAGCCCAGUCGACGAAGUGCCGGUCGAGCAGUUGUACAGCCCCGAGCCAAAGAAGGGGGUCUCUGGUGUUCUCGCACGGUACAAGAAGGGUGCAUCAUCGUGGCUUCCAGCGAUCAAAGCGUCAAGUUUCAUGAGGUGUGGAGCGGGCCCAAGCGAGGCACGGCUGUUGUGGCCGGGCCCCUGGGAGGCAGUGGGAUUCUUGAGGGGCUGGAGGGGCUGGAGAUCCUCGGGGACGAGAUCAUUCGUUGAUAGAAGCAGGGGCACCCAUCGUUACUAUUGAUUAGCCCGCCGAAAUGGCUCCAGUAUCAUUAUGGUGCCAGGGUACGAUGUACAUCCUGUCUGUAUUGUUAUGCUUCGGUGAGAGUUGAACCUACCUAAUACUAAUAGACUGGACCACGGCGCCGAU